CUCGCGUGUAUUCACGUCUAAACUCAAAUAAAAUUUGCCGUUUAUCAAUGGCUCAGCGCGUAGGGUCUGUUUAUUGUACACGUGCUAGGCAGCGCUACUGUAUAUACACAGAGCCCGGGAGCUCUUAUCUCCAUGUGUCCAUGUGUCCAUGUGUCCAAGGUCGUCUGGCUGUGCACUUUGGCCAGUUUACAUGGGGGUCCUUUUGACCACAAAGGAUUUGAUAUGCUGUGAAUAGUAAGGUCAAAGUUAACGCACUGUAGUUUUUCAUUUGUUCACUCACACGUACGUGCUCUUGUCUGAUGCUUUUCAUGCGGCUGAUGUUUCCGCUGUCCUACUUGCCUUGUAAAUUAAGUUAUUUGUUGCGUAUAAUAAAACCAUCCUGAAAGCCAAUAUUGUGGGGGGUACUUGUAGCUGUGCAUCGGAAGUCAGUCUUAUACCUAAAAGUUGUGACAGCUUGUAUUAACUGGACAGUUGCAGAGAACGAGCCGUGGAGACUUGUUCAACAGGCUGACCGGCUCGGGACACAGCCAAACCGUUGUGUAGAGUGUUCUUAUAGCUAAACGCCACCAUGAGCUUUGCCGAACAAAUCCAGGCGAUGAUGCCGGACUUGGUCAACGGCAAGACGCACCAACAAGUGGAGGAGAAGUUGGCGGCUUUGGACAGGAAGCUCGGCAGCCAUGUCGUGAACGGGAUCAAAUUCCCGGCUUCCGUACAACCAUCCAAUCUGGAAGCCCUGAAGACCUUUGAAGUGCGCGAUGACGACGUUUACGUCUUCACCUACCCAAGAUCAGGCACUCACUGGCUGGGCGAAAUAAUGCAGUAUAUCCUCCACGAUGGGAAGGGCGAUUAUGACCGCACUUUCAUGACCAACGGGCUGGAAUUCACGAUUACAGAUGACCCGAUUCAACUUGAGGGUGUGACCCCCGGGUACAAGACGUACGCAGCCAUGGCAUCGCCACGGUGCAUCGUAAGCCACUGCUUGGAGAGUUUUUUUCCUCCCCAAAUCUUUACUAAGCAUGGAAAGGUAAUUUACGUGGCCCGAAAUCCGAAGGACGUGCUCGUUUCUGAAUACAACCUGCUGGGGGCAGAACAAUUGGAUUUUGAUGAGAUGUUCUUCGGAUUUGUCCAAGGGAAAGUGGUAUUGGGAUCUUGGUUUGAUCACGUGCUCAGCUAUUGGAACCAUCGGGACAAGGAGAAUUUUCUGUUUAUAAAGUACGAAGAUCUCCACAAGGACCUCAGGGGCUCCAUUUGCAAACUAGCAAAGCAUGUCGGGAAGGAUCUACCCGAUGACGUCAUCGAUGACAUCGUGGAACGCGUGACCUUUGGUGGGAUGCAGAAGACUUAUCAACAGAUUGAGGAGGAACACGGGGAGGAGGGAAAACUGAUGACGCGUUUCUUAGGAGUAACUCCGUAUCUUAGAAAAGGAAAAGUCGGCAACUGGAAGAACACUUUCACGGUGGCACAGAGCGCCCUCUUCGACAAGAUCUACGCCCUGAGGAUGAAAGGAACCGGCUUGGAUUUUGACUUUGAGCUUUGAGAGCCCCGAUGUGAGUCGGGCUGCACUAGCUUGUGUAGUACUACUGGAUGUACAUGUACUACCUCCGUGUAUUCCAUUCUGUAGAGCUUCACCAGAUAAAUAGCCUACGAUUAGAAUUUCAGGUGCGAAACAGCGCAGCAUUACACAAUUUCAAAGCACUGCUUACAAUUAAAUUCCCAGU